AAAUGUGAUUUUUCAAAACCAAUUUAUGGAAGUAAACUGCCGUACACAAUACACGUGGCAUCAAUGUAACAUGCUUUCUGACGGUGUGUUCUGUUUCCUUCAUUGAAAGCUUGACAAAUAAAACGCAAUUUUGCUUGGUAUUUUACAACUGACCAGUGUGUACGACGAAAAUGGGGAAGAAGAAAAACGAGUAUUCCCACCUAACCCUCGAAGAACGUAAGGUAAUAACAGUCACAGAAGUGGUGCAGUGCUUGAUAAAAGCCCACGAAGAGAAAAGGGAUGUGAACUUGAACGCGUUAAAGCACAAAAUCGCGUCGAAAUAUGGCAUGCCAAACAGCCCUAAGCUUGUGGACAUCAUCGCUGCUGUGCCAACCGAAUACAAGAAGAUUCUGGUACCCAAAUUGAUGGCUAAACCUAUUAGAACUGCCAGUGGUAUCGCCGUGGUGGCGGUGAUGUGCAAGCCCCACAGAUGCCCCCACAUCAACAUGACGGGCAACAUAUGCGUCUACUGCCCGGGCGGUCCGGACUCCGACUUCGAAUACUCAACCCAAAGUUACACCGGCUACGAACCGACGUCGAUGCGAGCCAUUCGUGCCCGCUACGACCCUUACCUACAAACCAGACACCGGGUGGAGCAGCUGAAGCAGCUCGGCCACUCGGUGGAUAAGGUGGAGUUUAUUGUGAUGGGUGGCACGUUUAUGAGCUUGCCGGAGGACUACAGGGAUUAUUUCAUUAGGAACUUGCACGACGCCUUGUCCGGGCACAAGAGCAGCAGUGUGGAGGAAGCUGUUAGAUACUCCGAGAGGGCUAACGUUAAAUGUAUCGGUAUUACCAUUGAGACUCGUCCCGAUUAUUGUCUGCAGAGGCACUUGUCUGAUAUGCUCAAGUAUGGAUGUACCCGACUUGAAAUCGGUGUUCAGUCGAUUUACGAAGACGUGGCGUUGGACACCAACCGAGGACACACAGUCAAAGCAGUGUGUGAGACCUUCAACCUGGCUAAAGAUGCCGGUUUCAAAGUGGUCACCCACAUGAUGCCCGAUUUGCCCAACGUGGAUCUCGAAAGGGAUAUCGAACAGUUCAUAGAGUUCUUCGAAAACCCCGACUUCAGGGCGGACGGUUUGAAGAUUUACCCCACGUUGGUGAUCAGAGGUACAGGCUUGUACGAACUGUGGAAGACUGGAAGGUACAAGAGUUACCCUCCGUCCGUGUUGGUCGAUCUGAUUGCCAAGAUUUUGGCACUUGUUCCUCCAUGGACGAGGGUUUACAGAGUACAACGUGACAUUCCCAUGCCACUUGUAAGUUCGGGUGUGGAGCACGGUAAUUUAAGGGAGCUGGCUCUGGCUAGAAUGAAGGAUUUAGGUCUGAAAUGCAGGGAUGUACGCACGCGAGAAGUGGGUAUUACAGAGAUACACGAAAAAGUGCGACCCAACGAAGUGGAGCCCAUUCGUAGGGAUUACUACGCCAACGGUGGAUGGGAGACGUUCCUCAGCUUCGAGGAUCCCGAACAGGAUAUUCUCAUUGGCCUCCUUAGGUUGAGGAAGUGUACAAAGGAAACAACCUUCCGACCAGAAUUACAGGGAGACUGUUCAGUUGUGAGGGAGUUACACGUCUACGGAAGCGUGGUACCAGUAAGCGGUCGAGAUGACAAGAAAUUCCAGCAUCAGGGCUAUGGUGGAUUGCUAAUGGAAAGGGCCGAGCGUAUCGCCAUUGAAGAACACAAAUCCACUAAGAUAGCUGUAAUUUCGGGGGUCGGUACCAGAAAUUAUUACCGAAAACUGGGUUACGAGUUGGAGGGACCGUACAUGGUAAAAAGUCUGAAGGAGGGCGAAUACCAAAGUGUCUUUGACACACUUGACGGACCCAAAAUUCCGCUGGAUACCACCGCAGUCUCCGACAUCUUGAAAAAAGACGACAGUUUGUUUAUAAGUGAUGACGAUUUCUUAAGGGAAUUUGAUAAGGAACAUGGAUAUGAAUCAUGUUAUACUCUUCCUCAGCUUUUACCUGAGCAACCUAAAUUAGUAUCUGUUGCUGGUUAAAUUAUUUUAAGUACGUUAUAUUUUAUAGAAUAGAUUAUUUAAGUUUUUUCCAAUUAUAAACCACUAAUAACUUUAAUAAAACAGGAUAAUGGACCCUCAA